AUGAAAGCACUGGGCAUUGUUUUUAUUCUAAACCUUUGGCUAUUAACAUUGGCGGAGUAUGUCAAUCUGCAAAUGGUAGGUUCUUGGAACCAAACUUCAUUCAAGUUGAAUGUCCUCGAGACGUUUAGCGCGCACAACGAAAGCUUGUAUCUUCCUUUAACUCUCAAGCUUAUUGGCAUUACACACAAUGAGGACGAAGUCGAAUUGGAGGACAUAACCCUAUCGGAUGAGGACUAUUUCAAGUACGCCUGUUCCUUGGUGAAUACUGACGAUCUGGGAUUUGUAGAGACAGAUUUGGCUCUAAGGACGUAUUCACCUCGAAUUGUGGCUCAUUUUCAGGAGAGUGACUCGUUACAAUGCGAUGGCGCGUGGCUCAAGCAGGAGAAUAACGUGUAUUGCAUGCCCGACGACGUAUUUGCAUUGAAAACAGCGUCCGAGGGCCAUGUGGAGCCAUUGGAGGCUUUUGAUCGAGUCAUUGGCAACCGUGAGAAUGUUUUCAUACUUUAUGGUGAUUACGAAUCUGAAAAGUUCCGUCAUUUCUUUGCCAAUCUGUACGAGUCUGCAAUUUCUGGCAAACUUGGAUUUGCUUGGAGAUACACCCCGAGAGAAGAAAUUGAGAAAGAGGUAUUGGCAGGUUAUGGGGUUGACCUGACGCUUAAAAGAACGGACUACAUUGCUAUAGAUGAUAGGGGAUUCACCGAGGAACAGCAGGCGAAGCUCAAGUUCGAGCCAGGUCAAGAGACCGUGGUCCCUGUUGACGAUUUUAUUGAUCGGCAUAUGGAUGAUAUUCCGAAACUGUCCCAAGAUCAUAUGAAGGGGCUUGUUGGGAAAUUAGUCAGUUACAUUGCCGAAAAAGGAUCUGAUUUGAGGCUCUUUAGAAAAAUCAUGCUUGACUUUCCAAAGUACGCUUCCUAUAUCUCUCUCCGACGUGAACCUGAAGAAAUAGCCGUGGAAUCUCCAAAUGUUCCAGCAGGUAUGUAUAUCAACGGAGUUCCUGCAACUGAAAAGUUCCUUAGUGUUUUUGAGAUACUGAAAAGACUUAAACAGGAGAAGCUGAUUGUUGAUAACCUGUCCUCAGUGGGCGUGGAUAAAAAUGAAGUCAAGACUUUGUUAUACAGAUUUGCAAAUGAAUCAAUAGUUGCUGCAGCUCACUUACCUCGGUAUCAAACAACGGAUCACCCGGGAAUUAUAUAUUUCAACGAUCUUGAAAAUGAUCCACAAUAUGCAGAUCUCCAAAAUCCUAGACUAGCUUACAAGUCAGAAUGGAGUGGAAGAAAAAUACCUCCUGCAAGAGAAAACAUCCAUGACUUAGUGUUUGCCAUCAAUCCUACUGACCCAUUGCAGCUUCAAUAUUCAUUAAUGAUGAUCAAUGCUAUUCUAAAGAACCUCAUAUCUCAGAGAGUGGGCCUUGUUCCGCUAGUGAGAACUGAGGAGGACCAGGUGGUCACUGAACAGCUGGUAAAAAUCCACAGGACCUCAGGACCGAUAGAGGCUUUGAGAUACUUGAUUUUGGUGCAUGAAGUGAUCAACUCCCCUGGGGUCAGCUUCGACACACUCAAGCAAGUCGACGUUCCAGAUAAGGACGAGCUGCUCCGUAACUUGGACUCUUUUAAAAAUCAAUUCGCUCUACAAUCCCAACCGCAUGUUAUAAUCAACGGCAUAUUCAUAGAGUUCAACCAAAACUGGCAGUACGCUAUGAGCGAGCAAAUUACGGCUGAUAUUCUAUACCUUAACUCUGAACAACGUCAAAGAAGAAUACCAAGAGAAGUUACUUUGAAAGAUUACCUUCGCCAAGGAGCCUUGGCUAGACGCGAUCCCCUUUUAAUUCCAGAGACACUAGACAGAUUGCGUUCCUCCUACGUUCCUGCGCCAACAUACGAGACCUACAAAUUACUGAAAAAUUUCGGUGGAGAUGACAAAAUAGUACUCAAUGCCGUGGGUAAGCUUUCAUCGAGGAAAUUUAGAAGUCAAGUUGCUGAGGCUUUGAAAAGUGGAAUCACCUUACGUAUCAUUGAUGUCUCGAAUUCACCUGAGGUGGAAACACUUACUAAAUCACUAGACGACGUGGAGAGCGCUUUGGUAUACUUGGACGGAGAGUUUGCAUCUAAGCCAACUGACAAUUCAGCACUUUCAGUGAUUUCCGAAUGUUUUGGUGUUGACGAUUUUGCAGAUGAUGACGAAGUUUAUCUGAUUCUAAAUGGACGCCUGAUUGAUUUGCACGAUAGGGAGCCGGUCAAGGCAGUUGAUCUUCAGAUCUUGUUGAACCGAGAAAAGAGCGUGCGAUUGAAUUUACUAGAUGAGGACACUCAAGACUUUGAGUAUAAAUCUUGGGUUGUUACAUCCUCUUUUUACAACGAUGACGGUGACUUUAUUAUAUCUGGUUUGCUACCCAGAUACGACUUUUCCAGAUCAAGUUCUUUCAUUGAACAAGGCACUGGAUAUGUCGACGUUGAUUCAGUUAUUGAUCCACUCAGCGAGCAAACACAGUCCAUCUUAGCGCUAAGCGAAGUGUUCGAGAAGUUUGACUUUGUACGCUCAAGAAUUUGGAUCAAGCCUUCGGAGAAAGAUGAGCUUAAAAUCAAGCGUCUUUAUCGUGGUGUUUUCCCAACCUCUGUCAAAUUUUAUGAAAAUGGGACUGAAAAACGUGAUUAUUCUGCCUUUUUUGAUGACAUCCCCGAAAAGACACUGUUCACAGCAGAUGUGGAUGUAAUUCCCUCCUGGAUCGUCUCAAUCAAGGAAGCUAAUACCGAUCUGGAUAACAUCAAAUUGGAUAUUUCCGGAUCAGUUGAUGGAGUCUAUGAGCUGAGGUCCAUCCUGAUACAAGGCCAUGCUCGUGAAGGUAUCGAUACCAUUGCUCCUCUCGGACUGGGACUACAGCUGCUGGAUUCAAAUGGUGCUUCUGUCUCAGAUACGAAUGUGAUGGCCAAUUUGGGGUAUUUCCAACUGAAGGCCAACCCCGGUUUGUGGACGCUGAGCACCAAGAAGAUUAUACCCGAUGUGGAGUUCGAGAUUGACGCGGUUGAUACCAAAUAUAAAACUAGGAUAUCACAUUCUCGUCCCGAGAAAAUCCCAAUACUAGACCUGACUGGUGCUAUGGUUUAUCCUAUAGUUUCCAGGAAGAAGCCGUCCAACAGUCUUUUUUCGGGACUCUCAAAGUCGUUCAGCUCUCUUUUCAAACCCAAGCAAGCCGAGAUAAACAUUUUCACUGUCGCCAGCGGACAUCUCUACGAGCGCUUUUUAGGGAUAAUGACAGCAUCUGUGAUGGCGCACACAAAACACACUGUCAAAUUUUGGCUGAUUGAAAACUACAUGUCUCCUAAGCUAAAAAAACACCUUCCCUUACUGGCCAAGCAUUACGGAUUCGAUUACGAGCUGGUCACCUAUAAGUGGCCAACUUGGCUUCGCGGUCAAAGAGAAAAACAACGCACAAUUUGGGGAUACAAGAUCUUGUUUUUGGAUGUUUUGUUCCCGCAAGACUUAGAAAAGGUCAUCUUCGUUGACUCGGACCAAAUUGUGAGAACUGACAUGAAAGAACUUGUUGAUAUGGAUCUAAAGGGUGCUGUUUAUGGUUUCACUCCAAUGUGCGACUCGCGCAAAGAGAUGGAAGGCUUUCGGUUCUGGAAACAGGGCUACUGGAAGACUUUGCUAGGGGAUAAUUUGAAAUACCAUAUCAGUGCUUUGUAUGUGGUUGAUCUCAAAAAGUUCCGUCAAAUUGCAGCUGGAGACAGAUUGAGACAACACUACCAGUCUCUUUCUGCUGAUCCUAACUCCCUAAGCAACUUAGAUCAGGACCUUCCCAACAACUUGCAACACACCAUCCCGAUCUAUUCACUUCCUCAGGAGUGGUUGUGGUGCGAAACGUGGUGUGACGAUGAGAGUCUGAAGAAAGCAAAAACAAUCGAUCUCUGCAAUAAUCCGUUGACCAAGGAACCGAAACUCGACAGGGCCAGAAGACAAAUUCCCGAAUGGACCAAGUACGACCAGGAAAUAGAGACCAUCAUCAGGGGAUCCCCGGUGACUCACGAUGAACUUUGA